UGAAGUGAAGUGAAGUGAAUUCUGUAAGCUGAAUGAAGCUUUCUUAAUGUUAUUCACUUUCGUAUUCGUUCGGUUUAGAGAUGUGUUCUUCCGUACGGAAAAAUCUAUUUUAAACCCGCUGUUAAAAUUUAAUAAAACGCGUAGUGUUUAUUAAUCAUCCAAGUUUUAGAAUAUUUAGUUGAACCACAGGUUUAGUCUAUACUUCAACGAAGAAAUGAGUUCUUCUAAUAGUGUAAAAAAAUCUAUCUCGAGAGGAAAAGGAGGAAUAUGCGGACCUUCAAAUGAAUCGCAUGAGAGAGCUCAAUGAAAAGAUUAUGCGACGACAUCACGAAGUUAAUCAAGAUAGAAUGGAUUUUGAGCGAGAGAAUCCAUCUAAAAAGUUGCCACCUAAGAAAGAUUCACCCAAGGAGGAAAGGAGAGUAAGAUGUUCUGAGAAAAGAAUUGUGAGAGAAUGGGAUGCUGGGAAAACUUCUGAGUUGAGUGAUAGAGGAUCUGAUGACAGAGAACAACGUUAUGCUAGAUCAAACAAAAGAGGAGGCUAUUAUGAUGAGAAACUCAAUAGAAGAGAUGGAAAUUGGGAAAACUAUGGAAAUUCCUAUCAAAGACCUAGUACAUCCCGUAUGAGAAAUCAAGACUCAAGAUCAUAUCCACAUAAUAAAAAUACUUGGAGAUCUAGUGGACAGUAUCAGCAUAAAAGCAAUAAUUCCUCUAAUAGGGAUUUUAAAAAUUGGAAUAAUGCUCCCAGGAGACAACAAUUUUCAUCCAAUGCUGAUAAUGAUAAAGUUUGGAGAAAUGAUGAACUUAAUGAAGCUCGACAUAAACAAAGCCGCGUAGAAAACUGGGUACAGUCAAUAAGUACUGAAAACUGGAGUGAUGAUGAUGAUGAUGAGUAUUCUAAGAAACAGUCAAACUCAAGAACCAAAACAGCAAAUUAUGGUAAGAAGUAUGAAGAACCAGCUCAUAAGACUCCUUACAAAAAUUAUAAUAGAAGACAAUAUCAUGAAAAAAUUCACCAAUCCUCAACUUCAGAUUCCAGUUAUAAAGAAGAUCGCAGACCACGAUAUGAUGGACACCACGAUCCUGAACCAGUUAGGGAUAAUGCUUCAAAUGCUAGAGGACCAGUUAAAGAUUAUACUUCAAAUGCUAGAGGAUCAGAUCAGCAAAACUAUUCAAGGGAAAGGGUAAAAAAAGACAGAUUUAAAGACCGUUCACCAGAGUAUAAAAAUAAAGCAAGUACUUCUGCAACUUCAACAAAGCAAAGGGAUCCUGAAUUUAGGAAUAAUCAUUCGAGAGCAAAUAUAAAAUGUAAUAACAAUAGAGCCAGUGAUAAUUGGGCUGAUAAGAGUGAUUUCGAAAAUGGCUGGGGCAGUAAUGUUGCUGAUAAGGAAAGGAGCUCUGCAGCUACGGCAACAGGGGGAGGUGGAACAUGGAGUGAUCAGGAAGAUUAUAAUAAUGUAGAUGAUAAUACCUCAAGAAACAUUACAACAGGCUGGGAUCAAUGUGCUUCGUAUUCUUCAAACUGGGAAAAUUCAGAAUCUGCAGCUCCAAGAAACAGAAAUAACAGUGCAUGGAAUAAUCAGAAGAGAUCAGGAAAAUCUGAUAGCCAUAAAACAAAUAAAGGUUCUGAGCAGACAAGUUCUGGAAAUUGGAGUCAUCAAAACUCUGGCAAAAAACCCGUAAGAACCCACAAUAGAAACUUCAAGAAAUCGGAUGAAAAAUCUGCACAAUGGCAGGCUGAUAAGAAUCAUAUUAACAACCGUUUACUGCGAUAUGCCUAUGGUGAAAAUUAUCACUAUGGAGAUUUUGAAGGCAAAAAGAAAGACAUUGAAGUUGUUGAUUUAUGUUCCAACAGUGACACUGAAUAUGAACCGAACCAUAUGCAAACAGGUUCAGAAACUGUCAAUGAUCAAAAAUGUGAGGAAAUGUGUGAGGUUACUUCUACUACUAAUUGGAAUAUUCCAGAGAGUGAGGCACAAGGAGGUAGCAAUUUUAUAGUUGAGCGAGGUGAUUUUGCAGGAAACCUAGAAAUUGCCAAUGUUCAAGAUGAUUCCUCAGUUGAAAUUCUCAAUGAUACUUAUAAUGAAUCCACAGAGAACAUGAGAUGUGCAGUUGGGGAAUCUGGGUCUGAAUCUGUCUUAUAUCUAGUUGGGGAUAAGGAUCUCAGUGUUUCUCUUCUUUCUGACGAAUAUGAGGCUGAUAUAACUCAAUGUCACAUUGUAAACUCUUCUUAUUUUGAUAUGUCAAAUAUUAACAUUCCAUGUGGUGAAAAUGGUUUUAUUGAAGCUAGACACAUUCCGGAGGAGGAAUUUCUGGAAAUGGGUCAAUCUGAACAUUUAAAUGAAGCUGAGACGGAAAAUUCAUCUGAUACUACUCUACUUAUAAGCAACACAAAUGGGGAAAAAAGGAAAAUUCCCAUUGGAACUUCUGAAGACUUAUCAAAUUCUCGUGAUUUGUUGAAAGAAAGUAUUGAACCAUCUGUUUCAAGUAGUCAUUCAGGGGGAAUAAUUUCUUGCUGUGAUUCCUCUGGCACCAAAAAACGUCCACCGAAGGAAAUUGUAAGUUUCUCAAAAGAAGCUGAACUUGAACCAAUACCUGGUGCCUUAUUAGAUGAUGGAUGGUCAACUGUGACUGAUGAAAAUGACAGUGAUUUUGCCGAGGAAGGUGACUAAGUCAACAUAAACUAUAAUUUAAUUUUAAAUAGGUUUCUUUGUCAUUUUCAACACCUAUUUUUGAACCUACUCAUUUAGCAUUCAUAAUUUAGUUACAAAACUAAAUGUAUACAUUCAAUGUUUCUGUUUAAAUCUACUCUCUCUAUUUUUGUUAAAUGAGAAGUAUUUCUUUUUAAGUAGUAAUAGUUUUGAUAACUAUUCAUUUGUUAUAAAAAUCCAAGCUAAAUAUUUUCAGUACAAUUUAAUGAGGCUGUUCUAAAACUUUUUCACUAAUAGUACUUAAAAUUUGUUUUAUAUUAUCAUUCAAAAAAAUAAAAUAAUAAAGAAAAAUGACAAAGCAUUCUAAAUAUCUGCCACUUUAAUUAUAAAUUUUUGGUCUUGAAGUAUUUUUAAAUAUUUUUUCUUCAUUUAUAAAUUUUAUUUAGCUUGAAAAAGUAAUUAUAUUCUUUUGUGUUUGAGUAAUUAUUUAUAACUUUUUAAUGUACUGUAUUAAAGUCAAUUUUGUUAAAUAUAAAAUGAGAAGAAAAAUUACUGAUGUCUGUUAAAUACUUUACAAUAUAUAGUAUAAAUUAUAUUUUUUGGAGUGGAAAAUGACUAAACUUCUGGCAAUUUAGCAAAAUGUUCAUUAAUUUGUUAGUAAACAAAUUCAUCAUUAUCAAGAUAUUUGCCAAGAAACUUGUUAUUGAUUAAAAAGUUGUUCAGCAAGUUGUAAAAAAUCAUCAUUAUUGCACAUUAACAAAACGAAAGAUUAUCAUAAACAUUAUAUAUAUGUCUGCCAAUUCAUUGUUAAGAUCUUAAAACUUAAUUAUAAAUUUAUUUAAUGUUUAUAUCACAGUUUAUUAACGCUUCAUUUGCAUUAUCUUUACAAUGGUUCUAUUAUAUUUCAUAAUUAAACUGCUUUUAAAAAAGCUUUUAGGUGGCAAAAAGAAUCAAUUGAAAUUUCUAAAUAUCAAGUUACUGAAGACACAAUUUAAAUCUUAUUGUAUAAGAUAUGAAAUUUUUUUUUUUUAAGGAUCUUGAAACUUUCUGAACAAGAGAGAUUAUUUCCUUGGAAUUGUUUUCAUGUAAUUUUUUUUCUGAGAAACGUCCUAUAGUCUAGCUCUGACUUCAUAUUUUCCUUUUGUGCUAUGCUGCCAGUAGUCUUUAGCAGAGGAAUUUCUUUUAUUUUUUUCUUGAAGAUUUGUCUUAAAAUUACCAACAAUUAAAUUUUUCUAUUUUUUGUGAUCUAUUGUUAUUUGCAUUUUCAUAUGUUAAUUUUUUGCACGUUUUCAUAAAUUUAUUUCAUAUUGUCUGUUUUCACAUGUUUCAUUUGUUUGUUUCUUAAGAAUUUAAUUGAUUUUCCUUUAAUUGAAACACAUUAUUUCGCAAAUUGUCAGUUGAAAACCAGCUUAUUCGAAUUAAGUGUUAAUAUUUAAAGGGAAUUUUAAAACUUUUUUGAGUAGUUUUCCUAGAGGACUAUUUUAACAUAUGAUGACUAUUAUUUCAUAUAGUCGAAUCAAGUGCUAACUACUCAUUUGUAAUAAUUUUGAUAACUACUGAAAACAUUCAGUUGAUAAUUCAAAUUGAAUGUUUUUAGUACAAUUUAAUUAUUAAAAAAUACUUUUUUCAAUUCUAGUUUGUAAGGAAAAUUUUGAAAUAUACAAAAGUUUAUUAUUCAAUCACUAAGUGAAGUUUUUGGUCUUAAUUUAAUAUCUUAACUUAAUCAUUAAUAAAUAAUAUUUAUUAGUGAUUUUUUUUUUUUUGUAAAACGUUUUUUGCUGAUUGGCUGCUGUACAUUCGGUAUUCAGUUGAUUUUUUUGACCAAAUUUAAGUUGAUCAUUAAUAAAUAAUAUUUAUUAAUGAAUUUUUUUGUUGAAAAACUUAUUAGCUAUUCGGUUGCGGAAUAUUUGGUAUUCAGCUGAUUUUUUUGGCCGAAUUUUUGAUAUUGAGUUAUACCGCCAAAUCAUUAUCUGUUACAUGCCUAUUUCUAACAUAUUCAUCAGUGCUAAUAUCUAUGAUACAUUCAUUAUUUUUAAGCAAUUUGUUGAUAAUUGUUUCACUAAAUACGAAAGUAUUGAUAUUUGCACUAUUGUUUAUUGAAAACAUAAUUUUAAAAAUGAUAACUCUGCUGUUCUUCAGGCUGUUAAUUUUUUUAUGUUGGAAAUCACAUUAACUUCCGUUCUUUUAAGAUGUUAUGUCAUGUAUUUCUUCCAAUCAUGUGCCAAAACCAACUUAUUUAAUUAUAUUCAACGCAUAUUAACGUUUUUAAAAUACUUCCACUACCUUUAUGAUGGUAGUAUUUAUAAAUUUUAGAUAAUUUCUCAAAUGGUUAAAAAAAUCCCUCUUAAAAAAUUCAAAUUUCAGAAAAUAGCAAGUUUCUGAACUCAUCUACAAACUGAAAAAUUAAAGCUUGCAGAACAACAGAUUGUUUCCUUAUUUUUGAGAAUUUUUAUCCUAACAAAUAUUCUAUCCCAUGACAAAUUCUAUCUUAAAAUUAAUUUGUCUUGAAGUUAAAAAAAUUAUUCAAAUUUUAUAUUGCAUUGUAUUCCUAUCAUUAUUUCAUAUUGCAUAUUGUUAUACGCAUUUGGAUGCAUUAAUUUUCAGUACAUGUUUUCAAAUGUUUCUUGCAUGUUUUUUGUUUUUUACUUAUUUCAGUUUAUUCAACUCAAAAAUUAAAAUUUUUUUCUUCAUGUAAACAUAUAAAUCAAAUUUUUCUUUGAUUUUUUAUAUGUAGUUUAUAACUCAUUAAUUUGAAUUAGAUCUUAGAAUUAAAGGAUAAAAUAGUAAAAUUUAAUGCCAACAUAUGUAAUUUUACUUAUUUAAGUGUAUUUUUUUAAAAACUGAUAAUAUAUUUGCCAUUGAUAACAAUUUAUUGUACAUCUAUGUAUUGUUUAUUGUACAUUCGUGGUACUUUUCCUGUUUAAUUCAUUAAAUAUCAAGUUUCCUAUUGUUGGAACCUUUAAGAUUUUUUUCUCCUAUGUUUUUUGAAAUUUUGCAUUAAGUCCAAGAUGUUAUUGAUAUUUUUUUAAGUGUACAUAUUUAAGCAAAAAUUUCUUCCUUUGAAAGAGAAUUUGUUAAAAUAUGUUCAAAAUAUUCAUAUUCAAGAAUUUAUAAUCAAAGUAUAAUUUGUAAGAGUCGUUCAGUUUUUAAGCUAUAAUAAACAUGGUUGAGAAAAAUAUUUUAAAGAUGUUGUACAAUAUUAAUUUUUCCUAAAUGGGAAACUUGGCUUCUUGUGACUGGAAGAAUAAAAGCAUGAAUAUUA